AUGGAAUGGACCUGUAUCUCGGCUGGAAACGCAGCAGUCACAAACCUCCUAAGUCUCAGAAGUUUUUUGUCAACUGAAGUCAACAAGGCCACCACCAAGACCAUUGUUGGACAGAAGCCAAAGACGAAUCUGCCGGAGAAGGUCAACCCUGAUUCUGUUCCCACUGCAGAAAGCAUAGGUCAAUAUUCGUACCAAAAGUACAACCAAAACCAGGUGAACAAGCUCUUCUCCUUGGUUUUCUCAGAAAACCAGACUGCUGCUGCCACUGCCAGGGAAACGGGGAUCAAUGUCUGGACUGCCCAGAACUAUGUCAGGCUGGCCAGAGAGAAGAUCCAGGCCGAUUUUGAUGCUGCCACAGUGGAGACUGAUGAGUCCAAUGGGCUGGAGACGAUGGAGGUUGAGGAGUUUUUCGAAAAUAAACCAGAUGCUACCUUGGAACAAGCAAGGAUAAUUGUCAUGAAAGAGUUCUCUGGGCUGCAGAUUACCAAAUCAGCAAUCCAGAAGCACUUGCAACAACUUGCAGAUUUCAACUAUCUGUCGAACUGUGUGUUCAUCGAUGAAGCAGGCUUCAACAUGCACAUCAAGAGAACUUUUGGCUGUUCUGUCAGUGGCACCCUGACCAAGACAACUGUCCCAAUGCAGAGAGGUAUGUCCAUCAACAUCCUUGGUGCAAUGUGCAAGAGAGGGAUUGUCAGCCUCUUGUUGAAGAAACUCACUGCAGUCGCAGCAAAGAAGAAGAGAAAGCUGAACAUCUAUACCAAUGCUGGUGAAUGGCCGAAUUGGUACCAGGACCCAGCACUACCUCAACUUUCUUAG